UGGGCGUGACGUUAUCAGCGUGAACCGGAAGUACAUUGUGUAGCAUGGAUCGCAAUACAUUUCAAGUUCAUAUUGUCAAAACUUUUCCUCCGAUGUCUUGUUGUUUAUACUGAUCUACAUCAGAAGCGCACUGUGCCAUAAUGGCACACCGAUAUCUGCAUCUGUCAAGAGGCUGCAGGAAUCUUCUCCACGCUCUGCUGCCAAAUGUCAGAUCAACAAACCGUGUGCAGUCGGUUACAGGUGUUGGAGAAAUCCUAGACAGACGAUCUUUACUUUCUCAGGUCUUGGGCACAUAUAGAAGAUUAAGUUCUAAACCUCCCAAAGGAUUUGAAAAAUACUUUCCAAAUAGUAAGAAUGGUGAUCCAAAAAACAGUGAGCCCAAGUCAUCCAAUGGUGAAGUUAAAGAGGCCAAACCAAGUAAUGCUCAGAAAUCCACUAGUGGAGGUGGAGGAGGAGGAGGAAAAAGAGGGGGACGAAAGGAUGAAUCCACCUGGUACAGUCGUCUUCAAAAGGGGGAUGUCCCAUGGGAUGAUAAAGAGUUUCGUAUGUAUUUCUUUUGUGCUGCCGCCUUCUGGACAGCUGUCACAUAUUAUUUCUUCUUUCGGGAUGGUGGAAGAGAAGUUACCUGGAAAGACUUUGUAAAUGGUUACCUUGCUAAAGGAGUGGUUGACAGGUUGGAGGUCAUAAAUAAGCGAUAUGUGAAAGUCAUUUUUACCCCUGGUAAAACUCCAGUUGAUGGGCAAUAUGUGUGGUUCAACAUUGGCAGCGUGGACACAUUCGAGCGUAACUUGGAGACUGCUCAGUUAGAGAUGGGUAUUGAAGGAGAGAAUAGACUCCCAGUGGUGUAUUCCACAGAAAGUGAUGGGUCCUUCCUCCUUAGCAUGUUUCCCACCAUACUCAUCAUUGGGUUCCUGCUGUUCAUGCUAAGGAGAGGGCCAGCAGGCGCAGGCCGGCCGGGUAGAGGAAUGGGUGGUCUCUUUAGUGUCAGUGAGACCACCGCCAAAGUCCUACGUGAUGAGAUUGAUGUCAAGUUCAAAGACGUGGCAGGCUGUGAGGAAGCAAAGUUGGAGAUCAUGGAGUUUGUCAACUUUCUUAAAAACCCCAAGCAGUACCAGGAUUUGGGUGCCAAGAUUCCAAAAGGGGCUAUUCUGACAGGACCUCCAGGUACAGGAAAGACUUUACUAGCCAAAGCCACUGCAGGCGAGGCAAACGUUCCUUUCAUCACAGUCAAUGGUUCGGAAUUCUUAGAGAUGUUUGUCGGAGUUGGGCCAGCCAGGGUCCGGGAUCUCUUCGUGUUGGCCCGGAAGAAUGCUCCAUGCAUUCUCUUUAUAGAUGAGAUUGAUGCGGUAGGACGAAAGAGAGGAAGAGGCAACUUCGGUGGCCAAAGUGAACAAGAGAACACACUCAACCAGUUACUAGUUGAGAUGGAUGGAUUUAACACUGCCACCAAUGUUGUAGUGCUAGCAGGCACCAAUAGACCAGACAUUCUAGAUCCGGCUCUCAUGAGGCCUGGUCGCUUUGAUAGACAGAUAUACAUCGGGCCACCAGAUAUCAAAGGCAGGGCCUCUAUAUUCAAAGUACAUCUGAGGCCACUAAAGCUGGAUGCAGAGUUGGACAAAGAAGCACUGGCAAGGAAAAUGGCCGCCCUAACACCUGGUUUUUCUGGUGCAGACAUUGCUAACGUGUGCAAUGAGGCUGCGCUUAUCGCAGCCCGCCACCUUUCCGACGCCAUCAACCCAAAACACUUUGAACAGGCCAUCGAACGAGUAAUCGGAGGUCUUGAGAAGAAGACGCAGGUGCUUCAACCAGAAGAGAAGAAAACAGUGGCUUACCAUGAGGCCGGUCAUGCGGUAGCUGGCUGGUUCCUCGAGCACGCUGACCCCCUGCUUAAGGUAUCCAUCAUUCCACGUGGGAAGGGGUUGGGCUACGCUCAGUAUUUGCCUAAAGAGCAGUAUCUGUACACCAAAGAGCAGCUGUUGGACAGGAUGUGUAUGACACUUGGUGGGCGUGUCUCAGAGGAGAUCUUUUUUGGCCGCAUAACCACCGGAGCACAGGACGACCUAAAGAAGGUGACACAGAGUGCCUACGCGCAGAUUGUACAGUUUGGCAUGAAUGAAAAGGUGGGGCAGGUGUCAUUCGACCUGCCACGUCAAGGAGAGAUGGUUCUGGAGAAGCCCUACAGCGAGGCAACAGCUCGCCUCAUCGACACUGAGGUCAGGGUCCUCAUCACCAUGGCUUAUGAACGCACAAAAGAGUUGCUCAAGGAGAAGAAGCCCGAUGUGGAGAAGGUGGCACUGCGUCUGCUGGAGAAAGAGGUGCUGGAUAAGAACGACAUGGUGGAGUUGCUAGGCCGAAGGCCGUUUGCUGAAAAGUCUACUUAUGAAGAGUUUGUCGAAGGUACGGGGGGCAUGGACGAAGACACCUCACUUCCUGAGGGUCUGAAAGACUGGAACAGGGAGCGGGGCAGCGAAAAGGAGGAUACUACGGAGGAACAGGUGGCUCGGCAGAUCAGUGGUGGUAUGCCCUUCUAAAUGGUUUAAAGGGGCUUUUUUUUACUAUGGGCCCUGGAGGGUUCACAGCACUUAUUUAUGUGAUAUGAAAUUUUUUGGGAUGCCCCAGUUGGGCAGACACUGAGCAAGUAGCCUGCACUUCAGAGGAGCAUUGAUUGGAGGGCCCGUUCUCUGUGGUAAGCACCGGACUUAUAUUGUGUACAGUAGGAUGUUUAUGCAAUGUAAACCGUUUAAACAAGUUUAUUUGAUUAAGUUGAUUGUAUGUCAUUAUCGAGGUAAAGAAAAUCUUUAAAAGAUAAAGUGUGCAUCAAUGCUUCGCCUAAAAUUGAUUAAAAUCAAAACGCACUUACAGAGAUAAAAAUGUUUUUGAUGUAGUCAAAUCAAUGGUCAAGACGGCAUAUAGACAAUUUAUCUGAUUAACUUUUGGCAGAAGGUUUGUUUAGCAUCUCUAUUCUCUUCCUCUGUGACGUGCAGGUAAAUUAGAUGCCCAGUUUAAAAAAAGUGACCUUUUGGAAGGAGUUUGUUUGCAGAGCUGUAUGCUUACUGGCUAUCUGAAAGACCGCAUUGUACUAUCACGAAUGUUGUUGACUGUGCACAAACAUACUUUCUUCUCUCAUGCUUGCAUUACCAUUAUCAGCCCUAGGUUUUCAUGUUAUUCAUGGCCUGUUUUUAAACACAUGUCUAAUGUUUGAAAGGUGAUGCAGUCAUUCUUGAUGUGUUUUCCUCUAUCGUCCAGAUCCUGUAUUGCUCAUGCAGCUGUUUAGUUGCUGUUAUGUGCAUAUUACGCAAAUCACAUUUCUAAUGAGUGAAGUCAUACAGCAAUCCAGGAGGAUUCAGUAGUUUAUUAUGUUCAUGAUGAAGGUGUUUGAGUUUCAGUAUUUAUUCUACUGCACAAUAUCUUUAAUUGUGACAUCUGCAGGCUUUUGGAGUAAAUUCAGAUCACGACAAUAUAAUAUCCAUAGUCCGUACGUGACUUCAGCGAGUUUCGCUUGAUAUAACAUGUAAAUGUGUAUUUUGUUUUGUGAAAAAGGCUUUAAAGUGUGCUUAAACCUGAAUAAAUGCACAUGUUGUAAACUUCA